CUGAAAUCUAUCGGAGCUUUGGAAGUUUCUGCGCGCUAUCGGCAACUUUCAAACUCGUGAACUGUGCUCUCGAGUGAGAAAUUGUGAGUGAAACUGUGACAAUGUACGCAACGUGUUUCGCGCUAAUUAACAUGGUGAUGCUCAUCUGGAGUGUAGACGCCCAAAACUACCAAGGCCUCAAUGACUUGGACAUCCUCCCCGAGGGCAAGCCCCCAAGUUUUGUAACUCCUGGCCAAACUUACCGCAUAGCCGCCGGAAGCACUGUGGUUUUACCUUGCAGGAUAACUCCGGCAGGUGCCUACGUGCUUGCUUGGAAACGAGGAAUUGCAGUUUUGACAGCCGGACCGGUGAAAGUCACCCCUGAUCCGAGGGUGAGACUACUACCGUCCCCGGUGAGCACUUCGAGCUUAACCGGAAUACCGGAACUAUCCGGAGAAGGAUAUAGUUUGGAAUUGAAGGAUGUUAGACCGCAAGAUGCCGGAGAUUAUGUGUGCCAAAUUGGAACAAUGGAGCCGAGAGAAAUUACACAUACUUUGGAGAUAUUGGUGCCUCCCCGAAUCCAUUACGUUUCCCACACCGGUCCACUGGAAGUCCUCCAGGGUGCUACAGUGAAAAUGGAGUGUCGAGCAUCAGGCAAUCCCGUGCCAACCGUCGCCUGGACUAGAAAGAACAACGUUUUGCCAAGCGGCGAACGUUCGGUUUCCGGUUUAUCUCUCGUAAUUCAGCGCGCGGACCGCCAUUCCGCAGGCCAAUAUCAAUGCUCGGCUGAUAACGGCGUCGGCCAACCUGACACACGUCAUAUCACCCUUAACGUUUUAUACGGACCGGAAGUGGAAACUGAAAGAGCGACUGUACACACGGGAAUUGGACUUGAAGCACAGUUGGUGUGUAUAGUUCAUGCAGAACCAGCUCCACAGGUGCUUUGGUUUAAGGAUACGGCCCAACUGGGUACCACGGAACAACAUGCAGCGCACGCAAGAGGCAAUAGAUACACCCUCGUUAUUCGCAACGUCACUUCGGCGGACUUUGGAAACUACAGUUGUGUUGCAAGCAAUUCGCAUGGAAAAGGCCGCGGACAACUUACUUUAACUGGAACUGCAGGAUUGGCAGUUUUUGACUCGCCACCUCUUAGCACCGAAAAAGAUUCAUAUAACGUGUCUUGGUCGGUCAAUAGCCAUGCUGCCAUCACCGAAUACCGACUGUUUUAUAGACAGCAACCCCACCAUCAUCACGGCCACCAUGCCGAAAUGUACAACAGUACUAAAUUUACUUACCGCAACGACUGGAACAGUGUUGUUCUUCCUGGUGCUGGUGUUGUCAACCUCCAAUUUCCGUUACCUCCACCUUAUCCAGGGGUCACUCGUCAACGAAUGUUUUACCUGAUCAAGUCUUUACAGCCAUCUACUACCUAUGAAGCAAGAGUUCAAGCAAAGAAUCAGCAUGGAUGGAACAAGUUGUCGCCUAUUUUCCACUUUACAACUAGAUCAAUCGAAAUGGAAAACAUGGUAGAACCAUCCGCCCAACCGGCAGUCUACGGAGUGAGCCAACAAGGAAUGGCCCCUUUCAGCAGUGGCGUUCGUGAACAGUUCACUUCAGCAAGUGUGAUUCUUGUGUUAGUGUUGAAGUUCUUUUAAAACAAAACUGAAAAGAUGUGAAUUAAACCAAAGUGUUGAUACCACGUACAAUAUUGUGAUAACUGUGGAUAAAAGGUGAGAAUUGACAACUCGACUAUGUUUUUUCAUGUGAAAAGUGACAUUUUUUUCCGAUGUUGCUUAUUAAGUGUAUAGAUAUUAAAUUUGUUCAUCUUAAGGUAAUUCACGUUUAGAUAGAAGAGCGAAACAUUUUAUUAUUUAUAGGCUUUUAAAGACACUUUGUUUCAAAUGAGAGGGUUCAGUCGUUCACUACGUGUACUAGUAUAUCAUAGAACUAACUUUAUAUCGUUAUCACUCUCCAUGGUGUCUUUUCCCUAUUGUUGUUUACGAGUGUUUUUCGUUGGAAUCAAUUGUCAAUGUAAAUUCGGUUUUACAUAAUUUUUCACUGCUUUUUUGCUUGCACAUAUACGUAAAUGUCAUUGUAUAUAAAGACUGAACUAUUUUUAUAAGAGUGCAAUAAGAUGUAUUAGUUCUAUAACUGUUUCAAUGAUAACGAUGUCAAAUAAUAUGUAAAUAAAGC